AUGAAAUUGCUGCGCGAAAGACUUGGUGCCCUCAACGUCAUGUUAUGGAAAAGUGCAAAAGAUGCACAUUGCUUUUUCGCUGCUGCAUGUGUAUAUAGUUCACACACCUAUGAGUUCGUCCAUCUGGACGCUCUGAGAGAGAUCCAAUGCUACCGCGUACGAGACAACAUUAAUCGACUCAAAAUGGAUCUUGUCGAUAAAACAAUGAGCAAUAGAGCAUGA